CAUGUGGGGCCACAUUCACCAACACUUUGACACUACAACUGAAGCUUCUUCACGCACCUUUUUGUUAUUUUUUUUUUUGCAAAGAAGGGACACCCUUUUGUAUUUUUUAUACCUCGUCUGCUGGAUUAUUUAUUAUUGUUGGCGCAACUUUAGAGUUAUUAAAUGAUGGAUAUUUACAUUUGGAUCGUAAUGUAUACCUGGAUUUCAAGCACAGUCCUAUCAGCGCCAGCUGCAGAGUCGCAAACAGUCUCCCGUGUGCGCCAUGUGAGGAACAAGCGCUGCUCCUGCGCCACUUUUUUGGAUAAAGAAUGCGUAUAUUUCUGUCACCUGGAUAUCAUAUGGGUCAACACACCUGAGCGGGUGGUUUCUUAUGGAUUGGGAAAUGCUCCCAGGAAGAGGCGCUCCUUGAGUGAGAGUCGUCCCCGCUGCCGAUGCCAGCAUCAAGGGGACCUCACCUGCACCAACUUCUGCCAAAAACUGGACAACAACAUCAGUGAUGAGACAUCAGCGGUGGUCCGCAUUGUCGAGGGAAAUGACACAAAAAGUGAGACAAAAAGGAUGAAGAACGCCCAUCACAAACGGGUGACGCCUCAAUGGCUCAGGACUUUGUCCAAAACACGUCUUCUUCUGGAAAAAUGGAGACACAGGAUUCGAACACGGAAAACCGAGAGUACGAGCGACUGAAAAGGACAAAGGAGGUGUCGAUAAAACUGCAAAAAAACGGACAUACCGUGUGGAUGCUCGGUGCCCGGCAACGUGACGGGGUAAAGCAUCCGUCAGCAUCAUCACCUACUAUGUGGACUCCAUGAAGCAUUUCAAAAACGUGGGAGAAAUCGACCACUAAUAGAUAUGGAUUAUGACCAUUCCCAAAAAAAACAAAAACAACAUGGAUCAGGAUAAUGUCAUUCCGACUGAGCCGCUUCCUGUCACUAUGUAGCCAUGCAGUACUGUAGCUCCUGGGAGUUAUAAUUUAAGGAUUUUCUUACUUACAAUGUGAUAGGGCUUAUAUAUUGUCAUAUUUAUUUGUAUGACGGCCAUAUUGGUUGUACGUUGAAUUUCAUUUCUAUGAAAUGUUUUGUCGCCGAGACGCCAAAUAACGGCAAAAUCUUUUAAUAAAUUUGUACACAUUUAUUUAAAAUGAUGCUUUUUUUUCUCGUAAUUUUCCUGGAAUACUCGACACCGCUUGACACCAGAAUAACGGGAAAAUAGUGUGAUAGUAAAGUUUUUAGCAUAUAACAAAAUAAAUAAAUUUUACGAGACUUAAAAUAAAAAUGCAUUUUUUUAAAUGUAAAAAAUCUAUAUCUUUUUGUUGAUUCUCAAAAAAAAUUUAGAUAAUUUUUUUUUUCCUGAGCUAACUAUUUCAUUUACUCAAUUUCAAUGAUCCUAAAAUCUGAAAUAAUAUAUAAAUCCCUGAUAAUACAGCUAAAAUGUCUUAAAAAGUCCACAAUUUUUACACAUUUUUUCUUUACGGCUAAUUGAUUUCACACUGUGUUGGGUGAUCCUUGAACGCACCGUAGUUGUACACUGUGAAAGGCAAACGUAAACUUGUAUAUAUCUUUCUUUGAUGCUGUCACGGUUGAAUGCACUUUUUGGGGGAAUUUUGCCCAUUAUUCACAACGUAAACAUAUAUAUUUUUUCCCUUUUAAUAUGCAUUAUAACAUGA